CCGAAUCGCCGCCUAUUAGUUCUCAUCCAUCGUCCACUUCCUGGCUCAGCGUCUCCCCCACCAUGAGCUUCCAUCGCCACCACGUCCUCCUACUCUUCUUGUCGGCGCCCUUCUUCUUUGACCUGAUUGCCGCCGAUGUCUGCGUCUCCGACGACAGCUCCGCCCUCCUCCAGCUCAAGGGCGGCUUCUCCGACGCCUCAAAGCUCGCAUCUUGGCGGUCCGGUUCCGACUGCUGCACGUGGGAGGGCGUGUCCUGCUACAGCUCCACCGGUCGCGUCGUCUCCCUCAACCUCAGCAGUUUCUCGCUGUCCGGAAUGAUCGACCUUGCCCUCUUCAACCUUACCCACCUCACAUCGCUCAACCUCGCGCACAACCUGUUUGAUGGGAUUCCCUUACUGGAUUUGCCCUUCUCGAAGCUUGUUAACCUCACCAGCCUCAAUCUCUCCUACGCUGGAUUUUCCGGUCAAAUCCCGGCCGACAUAGGUCGCCUCCGGAAUUUGGUGUCUCUGGACAUUUCCACCUCCGCUUUAGCAGAGCCCCUUGACAUUUCGAUAAAGCUCCAGGAUCCCAAUUUCGGAACCCUAGUUCGCAACCUUAGCAAUCUGAGAGAACUUGUCUUAGAUGGCGUCAACAUCUCGGCCGAUGGGUACGAGUGGUGCGGGGCAGUGUCAGCUUCAACCCCGGGACUGCAAGUGCUGAGCUUGUCGGGCUGUUCCCUCUCCGGUUCCAUUCACUAUUCCCUCUCCAACCUCUCAUCGCUCUCGACGCUUCGCCUAUCUGGGAAUUCCUUGAGGUCCAGCGUUCCCAAUUUCCUUAGUAAUUUCUCAUCUUUGAGUGUGCUUGUCCUCGAUUCUUGCGGGCUUCAGGGAUACCUUCCUGAAAGCUUAUUUCGACUCAGAAAUCUGACAGUUCUUGAUGUUUCCAACAACCCAAUGCUUUCUGGGCACUUGCCGGAAUUCUCCGUGGCUAGCGCUUUGGAAAUUUUGUUGCUCUCCGCGACGAACUUUUCUGGUGUUCUACCGGAAUCAACUGGUAACCUCAAAGCUUUGUCAAAAUUGCAGCUUUCCAAUUGUAGUUUUUCUGGUUCAAUACCACCUUCGAUGGCAAAUCUCACGCAAAUGAUUCACUUGGACCUUUCUCUGAAUAGUUUCAGCGGCGUUAUUCCUCCAACUGAUCAAUGGUCGAAGAUUGCCGACAUAAACCUUUCACAUAAUAACCUGACAGGAAAAAUCCCUUCUUUCUCGAGUAAGGAUGGAUUUGGCAACCUCAAAAAAAUUGAUAUGAGGAACAAUUCACUCUCUGGACCGAUUCCUGUUUCGCUGUUUACUCUACCCUCUUUACAGGUUCUGUACCUUAGCCAGAAUAUGUUUUCAGGUCCGCUCAAAAAUUUUCAGAAUGCUUCUCCCUCCUUGACGACUGUUGACGUGAGCGAUAACAGUCUGGAAGGGCCAGUUCCAGAAUCCUUGUUCAAUCUCUCAGGAUUAAAAGUUCUUUCACUUGCAUCAAACAACUUCGAUGGUAUGCUAGACAUUGAUCAGUUCUGGAAAUUGAGAAAUCUCUCUAAUCUUGACCUGUCAAACAACAUGUUGAAGAUAACAGAGAGAGUUAAUGGUUUAUCUAAUAGUUCAUUCCCAAAGAUUAGUACAUUGAAGUUGGUUUCCUGCAAUUUAGAAAAGAUUCCGGCAUUCUUGCAAAAUCUUCGUGGGAUCAGUUACCUUGACCUCUCAAACAACAGCAUUCCAGAUGCAAUACCAGAAUGGAUAUGGAGCAUUGGCAAUGGAAAUCUUGAUUACUUGAAUCUGUCGUACAACUUAUUUACGUCUGUGGAAGGACCACCAGCAAAUCUCAGUACGCCAUCUCUGAUGAUCCUGGAUCUCCAUAGCAACAGGCUUCAGGGGCCUAUUCCACUCCUUCCACUGAACACUAUUGUUCUGGACUUCUCAAGCAACUAUUUUUCGUCUGUCAUUCCAGAAGUCUUGAUCAUCCACCUGAAUUACACAGUUUUCCUAUCACUUUCUAACAACACACUCACAGGUGAAAUUCCAGUCUCAAUUUGCAAUGCUAACUUUCUUCAAGUCCUUGAUCUCUCAAACAACAACUUGAGUGGUUCCAUCCCAUCAUGCCUCUUGGAAGGAAGUAAUGAUUUGAGAGUCCUAAAUCUGAGGGGAAAUAAAUUAUAUGGACAGUUUCCACAGGACAUUGUUGAAGGAUGUGCUCUUCGGACAAUAAAUCUCAACCAUAACCAACUUCAUGGGAAGUUGCCUAUGUCCUUGACAAAUUGUUCUUCGUUGGAGGUCCUUGAUAUUGGCAACAAUCAUAUAAAAGACUCAUUUCCGUAUUGGCUGGGGAACCUUUCUGAGCUGCGGGUCCUUGUUAUGAAGGCCAAUGAAUUUUAUGGAACCCUUGUAAAUCCUCCGGGAACCAUAGAAAGCUAUCAUACCUUCUCAAAGCUGCAAAUUUUUGAUUUGUCAUCUAAUAAUUUUAUUGGUAACUUGCCCCAAAAUUGCUUUAGAAAUCUCAAAGCCAUGUUGUUUAAUUCAGAUAUUGACCGCCAAACAGUUGGUUUCAGAUUCUUACAAUACAGUAAAUCAUCUUAUUAUGAAAAUACUGUUACAAUCACAAGCAAAGGGCUGACAUUGACACUAUCGAAAGUCUUGACAAUUUUCACAGCAAUCGACUUCUCAAACAACAUGCUAAAUGGCAGCAUCCCGCAGACCGUUGGUGACCUAACUUCACUUUGUGUUCUAAACCUUUCACGCAAUCUCCUGACAGGUGGGAUCCCUCCUAAGCUUGGAGCCAUGACACAACUGGAGUCAUUGGACCUCUCCACGAACCAACUCUCUGGAGAGAUCCCUUUGGAGCUAACUUCGUUGACCUUUCUCUCUUUUCUGAAUGUCUCAUACAAUCAUCUGGUUGGACCAAUUCCACAGGGCAAACAAUUUACCACAUUUCGAGAAACUUCAUAUGAAGGAAAUGAACUAUGCGGCGAACCAUUGGCAAAACAAUGCAAUGAAGUGCCUCGUUCAGACUCUAGUUUGUCAUCCUCAGCUUCAUCAACGAAUCUAAACUGGCAAUGCAUUGCCAUGGGUUUGGGGUUUGGAGGUGGCUUGGCAAUUGUUAUUGGGCCUUUAAUGUUUUGGAAUGAAAGUAGGAAGUGGUACAAUAAGCAUGUUGACAACAUGCUCAGAGCACUUUUUCCUGGAUGGUUUUGUGAUUAUUGUGGGGAGGUCAAGGUGGCAGCCGAUGAUGUUGGCUAUGACUUGUGUGAGAUAGAAGAUGAAGGCCAAAGAUUUUGCCUCUUCUGUACUCGUCUAGAGUUUCAUUCAGGCAAAGCCAUUAUACAUCAUGUGCAGUGCUCUUGUCCUAGAGAUUUGACUGUGGAAACAUGAGAUUUUGUCUGUACAGAACUUUUGAUCAGAGGUAAUAGAAAAUUCCACACAGCUACUUUGUAUGAAAUUAGAUCUAUUAAUAGAGUCAUCCAUCCAUUUCUUUUUUUA